AUGCUCUCGCCCGGGCGCGCAUGGAUACGCCGAGUGCCCCGGCUACACGCAGGCUUGAGACCCGUCCGACGAGCUUCGAUUCAUGCCACGGCGCAGAAAACACAGCAGGAGCUGCAGAACACAGACGCGGAUUCAAGCAUCAGCGCAGUUCGGGCGCAGCCGCCGCCGUGGCGCCUCAAAGAGCUCCGCGAGCAGCAAGGUCACCACAAGCAGGCGCUGAUCCGCCGCGCCGGCCUCGCCACGGGCCCGCUCUCGUACGUUGCGCACCGCGACCGCGUCGUCGUUACGGCGCAGGAGAGCGGCGCGGCCGUGACUCUUGAUGCCGCGGCCCUCCGCGACGGGUGCCAGUGCGCCGCGUGCAAGGAUGCCUCGUCGGGGCAGAAAACCUUUGCGUCGGUCGAGAUACCCCCCAGUCUCGCCGUCGCCAGCGUCCGGGAGACGGCUGACGGCCUGCGCAUCACCUAUCACAAUGACAUCCCGCGGUUCGCAGACCAUGAAACCGCAGUGCCCUGGGAGAGCCUCGAAGUCGCGCUCGGGGCCCGCCUGCCCGUCGACGUCGCCGCCGUGCCGCCCGUCUUCAACUCUGUGCGGUCGCGACUCGGCAUCACCCUCUGGGACCGGUCCCUUAUCACCCAGCGCGUGCGCUCCAUCGACUACGCCGCCUUCAUGGCCGGCGGCGCGCCGCUCUGGGCCGUGGUCCUCGACCUCGUCCGCCUGGGGCUCGUUUGCCUCUCCAACGUGCCGCGCGACGAGUCCUCGGUCGAGCGCAUCGCCAUGCGCAUUGCCAGCAUCCGGGAGACAUUUUACGGGCGCACGUUUGACGUGCGCGCGAAACCCCACGCCGAGAACGUCGCCUACACCGCCGGCUACCUCGGCCUGCACCAGGACCUGCUGUACCUCGACCCGCCGCCCAAGAUCCAGAUCCUGCACUGCCUCGACAACUCGUGCGCGGGCGGCGAGUCGCUCUUCUCCGACGGCGAGCGCGCCGCGCGGCUGCUGCUCCGGCACCACCCCGCCCUCGCCGCGCCGCUACGGCAGCAGCCCGUGCCGUACGCGUACACGCGCAACGGGUACAGCUACGCGCGGCGGCGCCCGCUGCUGCACUACGACGCCGAGGGCCGCUUCGAGAAUGUGUUUUGGUCGCCGCCGUUUCAGGGCGCGCGCGGCGCGGACGAGCCGCCGCUGCAGCCGUGGCUGGCGGGGGCGAGGGUAUUCGAGGGGCUGAUUAACGGCGAGGAAGCCAUGUAUCAGCGCAAGAUGCAGCCGGGCGAGUGCGUGCUGUUUGAUAAUCUGAGGGUGAUGCAUGGGAGGACGGCGUUUGAUGCGGCGGGCGGGGGCAGCCGGUGGUUGCGGGGCACGUAUAUCGCGCAGGAAGACUUUGUGAGUAUUGCGACGCAGAUCCCGCAGGAGCUGGCGGACAAGGCAAAUGCGGAUGGUGCGGUGUGGUACGGGGAACUCGAGGAGAAGCUAGGGGCGCAUGGGGUGUGGAAGGCCGAGGCGCAGGAAAUGGUUGACAAGAUGGCGUAA